GGGACCAGACAGGGGACCAAACCUGAGUGUUAGGACUGGCCCAGUACGAGGGCUUGUGCCCUGACAGCAAACCCAGAGCAGGUGCCCUGAACAGGAGGUCUAAGCAGGUGUGUGACUAGUGCCUGUCUGUUUGCAAUAGCUGUGGUCCUCUAAGCUGUGCCUGAGCCACCAGUGAACCGAAACUAGAAGCAUUGCCACCAGCAGCUGGAGCAGUGACCACACUGAAGUUCCUCUGGUGAGGGGGAAGGGGAGUAAGGAGAAAACAAAGGCCAUUGAGUGAGCCGGCCAGCCAGCAUAUUCUCCCUGUGCCUACCCAAGAUGUGUCAGUCAGAGAAGCAGCCAGGACCAGAGCUCCAAGCAGCAGCGAAAUGGUUGUACUUUCCUCAGCUGGCCCUACGGCGGAGGCUAGGCCAGCUGAGCUGCAUGUCCAGACCUGCUCUGAAACUGCGCUCCUGGCCCCUGACCAUCCUCUACUACCUCCUGCCCUUCGGUGCCCUCAGGCCCCUCAGCCAGGUGGGAUGGAGGCCUAUGAGCAGGGUGUCCCUGUAUAAGUCUGUGCCAACACGUUUGCUGUCACGUGCCUGUGGUCGCCUCAACCAGGUAGAACUUCCUUCCUGGCUCCGGAGGCCAGUCUACAGCCUGUAUAUCUGGACCUUCGGGGUGAACAUGACGGAGGCUGCUGUGGAGGACCUGCAGCACUACCGAAACCUCAGCGAGUUCUUCCGGCGUAAGCUGAAGCCUCAGGCUCGGCCUGUCUGUGGCUUGCACAGUGUGAUCAGCCCAUCAGAUGGCAAGAUCCUCACCUUUGGGCAGGUGAAGAACUCUGAGGUGGAGCAGGUAAAGGGUGUGACCUACUCCUUGGAGUCGUUCCUGGGCCCCCGGGCCUGUACAGAGGACCUGCCCUUCCCUCCAGCCGCCUCCUGUGACUCCUUCAGAAGCCAGCUGGUCACCCGGGAAGGGAAUGAGCUCUACCACUGUGUCAUCUACCUGGCCCCAGGAGACUACCACUGCUUUCACUCCCCCACUGACUGGACCGUCUCACAUCGGCGCCACUUCCCAGGUUCCCUGAUGUCAGUGAACCCUGGCAUGGCCCGGUGGAUCAAAGAGCUCUUCUGUCACAAUGAGCGUGUAGUCCUAACUGGAGACUGGAAACAUGGGUUCUUCUCAUUGACAGCAGUGGGAGCCACCAAUGUGGGCUCUAUCCGCAUCCACUUUGACCAAGAACUGCACACAAACAGCCCCAGUUACAGCAAGGGUUCCUACAAUGACUUGAGCUUUGUAACACAUGCCAACAAGGAGGGCAUUCCCAUGCGCAAGGGCGAGCCCCUUGGCGAGUUCAACUUGGGCUCCACCAUUGUGCUCAUCUUUGAGGCACCUAAGGACUUCAACUUCAGGCUGAAGGCAGGGCAGAAGAUCCUCUUUGGGGAAGCACUGGGUUCCCUCUAGUCCUCUUGGUUGUGGCUGCCAAGGGAUCUUUCCACACAAGAGCAUGAGGGUCUUCAGUGGAGCCCCAGGCACUGCGGGGCUGACCUUCUCGGACCUGAAUAAUGUGUCCCUGCCUGUCCAGAAGUGCAGAGGAGAGGUUCUGGGUCUGUCAGAGUGUGGGUAGGGGUGAUUGACCCCAGAAUCACUCUGAGGUGGGUUUUAAAAUUGUGUGCAAGCCAGAGGCUUCCCCUUCCUGAACUCCUGGCAGUGUAUUGUGAGAACGGUUAUGUACUGCCACACCCUCUAGCUACCCCACCUGUCUCAGGGCCUCCCCUCACUAUGCACAGGGUGAGGUGCCUCCUGGGCACAGACUGUGGAUCCACUGUCUUCCUAGAGCAAGCCACAUGGCCUUCAUAACUGCUUUCUGUUCCCAAAUUCCACCUGUCUGCUUGCUGGAAAAGUAAAAGCAUUUAUGUAUUGCUAAAUGUGUUAUAUCCUGGACUCUGCCAGUGUCUUCUGAGGACGGUGACUAAUGAUGUAGACCUUUGUAGACCUCAAGAAGCUGGCUGAAUCCUUUUGCUGCCUGGUAAAGUGUGGACAGGUGGAGGCCCAGCCCUGCAGAAGUAGGGCAUGCUGCUAUUGGUCUAGGGACUGUGUUGAAGGCAGAGGGUAUGGUGGUCAGUGCCUGGAAAACAGUUAUAUAGGCCAUGGGGAACCCAGUGGUACGGACAAGACCAGAGCUCAUGAUGAUCUUGGGAAUGCCAUGAAUUUCUCCUACAGGGAGAAAUCAUUUAACUUUUCAACUGUAUCAGUAAUACAGUAUUUUGUAUGAAAAAUAAGGAGACUUCUGAACAGUAAUUCAUUUAAUUGCAAGACAUUUCAAAAUUAAACAAAAAAACUAUUGUA